UUGCUGCGCUUGGGUAUUGCAUCCCUAUCCCCGUACUUUCAGUCCCUCUUCUUCUCAAGAAGCCAUCUUCCACAGCCCCCCCCCCCCCCCCAAUACCCCUAACCACUCUACCUCUCUUCUAGCUGCCGUUUUGCCGUCCUUGACCAGGCACUCGUCAUGUCAGCCCCAAUUAGGACCGUUGCACUUGCGGGCGCAAACGGCUUCUUGGGCAAGGUGUUGCUCCAGGUCCUGCUGCAGUCGGGUCGCUUCCAGCUUACCGUCCUCACCCGCAAAGGGUCUCGCCACGAGUUCCCCGCCGGCGUCGCAGUGAAGAAGGUCGACUACGAGUCAGUCCCCAGCCUGGAAGACGCUCUUCGGGGGCAAGACGCCCUCGUGUCCGCCUUGGCGUUCGACGCGAUUCAUAUCCAGAAGAACGUGGUCGACGCCGCCUUCAACGCCGGCGUGCGGCGGAUGAUCCCUUCCGAGUACGGGAACGACACCAAGAACCCCAAGCUCGCCAGCAUCCCCAUCUACCAGCCCAAGAUUGCCAUUCGCAAGUACCUCGACGAGAAGGUGGCCCAGCGGCCCUCAUUUUCGUACACCAUCAUCAUGAACGUCUCCUUCCUGGCGCCCGGAUACGCGCUGGACUUCCUGGUCGACGUCAGGGGCAAGAAGGCGCACAUCAAAGACGGCGGGGACGUCAAGUUCAACGCCACCACGAUGCCUCACAUCGGGCAGGCCGUGAUCGGCAUCCUCACGCACCUCGACGAGACGGCGAACCGUCCCGUGAAGAUCAGCAGCGUGGAGACGACGCAGAACGAGAUUGUCGAGAUCGCCAAGGCCGUCGACCCUAGCGGUGAGUGGGAGAUCAGGCAUUCCAGGACGGAGGACCUCGAGAGGAUCGCGCACGAGAGGUGGAACGCGGGCGACCACAGCGAGGAGGUGGUCGAGAUGUUCAUCAACCGCGCCUUCAUAGGCACCGAGGCCGGGUACUUCCCCGAGACCGACAACGAGCUGCUCGGCAUCGAGCCCAUAGGCAGGGAGGGGCUGGAGAAGAUAAUCCGCAACGCCAUCAAAGGGUGAUUUGAACCUGGUUAGGCCGUCUCCAAAGGCAGAAAGUGCUGGGGUUUCAACUUCAACUAGUCUUACUAGUCUAACUAGUCUUAAUAUACAUCCUUCUCUU